CGUUGGGAUAAAUUGAGAAAAUAUGUGAUGUUUACAUGGGGUUGCAACGCAUUGAAAGAGAAGUACAACAAUGUCGAAAAAGGGUCAUGUUGCACUGGCCUAAUGGUUUGUACUUUGCAUAAGAGAAUUGGAUCUUCAGUUAAAAGAGGUCAGAUAAUCAGAAUGGAUUCUAUCAGAUUUAACAAGAAAAUCAACAUGGAAAGUGAGAAGAAAACCGCAUUAUCGCAAGGUGCUCAAACCUUGUCCAUGAUUGAGAUGCUGGAUUUGGAAAACAAUAUGGUUGGAAUUGUAAAGGAUGAUAAGAGGCGACAACACCAUCCUUCUCAAGAAAGUGAUAGUAAAUCUGAUUAUCGAGGAACUAACAAUUUUACUUUGCCUCCACCACCUUUAUUAGAAGACAUGAAGGAUGGUUCUGAAAUUAGUAUAUCAGAGAUUAAGAGGAAUUUCCAAAAUCUAUAUGAAUACAAUGUCAAGCUAAGGGAUGAGCUAGUUGCUGCUCAUACUAUGAUUAGUGAUUUGACAUACAAAGCCACAUCUUCAGCCAAAUAAAUAAAGUCAAAGUUUUCAAUGGAAGGAGACAUAAAAAAUGCGUCAAAUCAAAUCUAUCCAAGAAAAGCUUUGGAUGCAGCUAUGUUUGGAAAAGUUUCAGAUUAUCGUCAUCUAGUUGGCACAAAGUUGUCUUUGCCACAUACAUUUCCUUCAAAUAGAAGUUCUUCCAUGCUGUAAUGAAAACAAUGAGAUAUAAGGAAGUUUUGUAGUCAGAUCUCAUAUUUGUGAUUUAGAGCUGUAUAUGUUGUUGUACAUCAUGUUGAUGAGAAUCAUGUAUAUAUUUAUUUACACAC